AUGUCUAUUCCUGAAAAGGUCAAUUUGACAACUGGAACUGGCUGGGGUUCUGGUCCUUGUAUUGGUAACACCGGCUCUGUUCCUCGAUUGGGAAUCCCCAACUUAUGUUUGCAGCACGGUCCUAACGGUGUGAGAUUUACAGAUUUUGUUACCCAUUUCCCGUCUGCCCUAGCUGCCGGUGCCACUUUCAACAAGGGGUUGAUCUAUCUUCGAGGCAAGGCCAUUGGCCGAGAACAUAAAAAAAAGGGUGUACACAUAGCACUCGGACCUGUUGUCGGCCCCAUUGGCCUCAAGGCUGCUGGAGGCAGAAAUUGGGAGAGUUUUGGCGCGGAUCCAUACCUCCAGGGAGUUUGCGGGGCCGCGACUGUAGAAGGAAUUCAAGACGAAGGUGUGGUGGCAGUCGCGAGACAUCUAGUUGGCAAUGAGCAGGAACACUUCCGACAGGUCGGUGAAUGGGACGAAAAUGGGUGGGAACAUCUAGAAACGUCCAUCAGUUCCAAUAUAGGAGACAGAGCCAUGCAUGAGUUGUAUCUUUGGCCAUUUGCCAAUGCUGUUAGAGCCGGUGUAGGUGGUGUUAUGUGUGCUUAUAACCAAGUCAACGGCACUUAUAGCUGCGAAAACUCCUACUUGCUUAAUAACUUGUUAAAGGAAGAACUUGGAUUCCAAGGCUUUGUUGUCUCCGAUUGGGGAGCCCAACAUACUGGCGUAUAUUCUUCACUUGCUGGUCUUGAUAUGACCAUGCCCGGUGAAGUCUUUGAUGACUGGCUAACAGGAAAGUCUAACUGGGGUCCAUUGUUAACGAGAGCUGUCUACAAUGGUACCCUUAGCCAGGAACGUCUAAACGACAUGGUUAUGCGCAUCCUCGCACCAUUUUUUGCAGCUGAUACCAUCACCCUUCCUAGUGAAAAUGAUGUUCCCAACUUCAGUUCGUGGACAUUUCAUACCUACGGACAAGAAUACAUGUAUCAACACUAUGGUCCCAUUGUACAGCAGAAUUGGCAUGUUGAAGCAAGAUCAAAUUUCAGCGACAACACUGCCUUGAAUACAGCACGGGAAGCAAUUGUCUUGCUCAAGAAUCCAGGUCAUAAUCUACCGAUUGCAAAAGUAGACGGAGUCAGACGCAUAUUCAUUGCAGGGAUAGGUGCUGGAGUUGACCCACGAGGGUUCAACUGUAAGGACCAAAGGUGCGUGGACGGUGUUUUGACUUCUGGUUGGGGUUCGUCUGCUCUCAACAAUCCAUUUGUUAUUACACCAUAUGAAGCAAUUGCAAAAAAGGCAAGGGAUCAGGGUAUGUUGGUAGAUUUUUCAAACGAUGUGUGGGAGUUAGAUCAUGUCGAAGAAUUAGCAGAUUAUUCUGAUAUGUCCAUAGUGGUCGUCGGUGCUAGUUCAGGAGAAGGUUAUAUUGAAGUUGAUAACAAUUUUGGAGAUCGUAAGAACUUGUCUCUCUGGCAUAACGGUGAUCAAUUAAUUGAAUCUAUCGCUGAAAAGUGCAAAAAAACGGUCGUAGUAGUCAAUUCUGUUGGACCAGUGAACUUGGAAAAAUGGAUUGAAAAUGACAAUGUUGUUGCCGUGAUUUACGUUCCACCUUUAGGUCAAUUUGUCGGACAGGCGAUUGCAGAAGUUUUAUUUGGAGAAGUCAACCCAUCAGGAAAAUUACCAUUUACAAUUGCAAGAAAAAAGCAACAUUACGUUCCAAUUAUUGACGAAUUAGGAGACGACAGAUCACCGCAAGACAACUUUGAUAGAGACAUUUACCUCGAUUAUAGAUUUUUUGAUAAACAUAAUAUCAAACCAAGAUAUGAAUUUGGCUACGGUUUAUCCUACAGCUCUUUCCUGGUCUGUGAUCUAAAAAUCAAAGAAAUCAAAGCUCCCUUGGAAUACCUCCCAUAUCCAGAAGAGUACUUACCAAUUUACAAGACUUGCGAGGAUGAUAUUUGUGAUCCAGAGGAUGCCUUAUUCCCUCAUGAUGAGUUUGACCCUGUUCCUGGUUAUAUUUAUCCAUAUCUCUAUAAUGAAAAUGUCAGGACCUUAGAGGACGACAGCCAUUUUGAUUAUCCUCAUGGCUACCAUCCUGAACAGAAUUCAGUUCCUCCCUUAUCAGGAGGAGGAUUGGGUGGUAAUCCAGAGCUUUGGCAAACAUUGUAUGAGGUCGAUGCUGAAGUGAAAAAUGAUGGUAAAUACAGAGGAGCCUACGUCUUACAGUUGUACUUAGAAUUGCCAAGCACAAUUUUACCAUCACCACCUAGGAUUUUAAGGGGGUUCGAGAAAGUGUUUCUAGAACCAGGUGAAACUGCUCGAGUUUCAUUCAAGCUUCUACAUAGAGACCUCAGUGUUUGGGAUACAUAUUCACAACAAUGGAUUAUCCAAACGGGAACAUACAAGGUCUACCUUUCCUCUUCAAGUAGGAAAGUUGAAUUAAGUGGUGAGAUUGACAUCGGCUGUUAA